ACUCGCCAUGAGGAGUCCACCUGUCUCCCUUCUCCUCCUGGUUUCUCUUCUAAAAGUCUCUGACGGCGUCACAGUCAACGUCCCUGAGACUGAACGCAGCACGGCUCUGUUCGCUAACAUCAUCCUCCGCUGUGAUUACUCCACGUCUGCAAGCCUCCAGGAUGUUCUGGUCACCUGGAAGUUCAAGUCCUUCUGCAAAGACCCUGUGUUGGAUUACUACUCCACAGCGUACCAGUCUGCCCUGCAGCUGGGUCAGGACCCGGCCAACGACUGUCCAGACCGUCAGCGGACAAUACGUACCGUGGUCCAGAAGAGGGGCAGCAAUGAGCCGACGCUCGGCGCGGAAUACAGGAACCGAAGGAUCACAGUCCAAAACCAUGCAGACCUGGUGAUCAACGAGGUGAUGUGGUGGGACAACGGGGUCUACGUGUGCAGCGUCGAUGCUGCUGGAGACACCACCGGAAACCCAGACAAAGAAAUCAAGCUCAUCGUCUACCAUUGGUUAACGGUGUUGUUCAUCGUCAUCGGCGGCCUCCUCCUCCUCUUGCUCUUCUGUAUCUGCUGCUGCCAGUGCUGCCCGCAGAAGUGCUGCUGCUACGUGCGCUGCCCCUGCUGCCCAGAGCGGUGCUGCUGCCCGGAGAAAGCGGUCAUGCAGCAUCGAAUGAUGAAGCAGGCUCAGAGGGCCAUGUCUCCCUGGAUGGGGGGGCAGCCCCUGUAUGCGCCCAUGAGCCAGACCUCCCAGAUGAACCCGCUCCUCUACGCAGGAUCCGUCUCGGGGAAGAGCAUCCCCUUAAACCCGAUGCCUCUUCCUCCUCCUCACUCCAUGGCCUACAGCAUGCCUCCUCCCAGCACCCAUGCCUCGGCCAACACCAACCAGAUGCUGGAUUACCUGGAGAGCCAGGUCCGAGGGAUGGACGUGAACAGUCCUCUGAUUCAGUCCCAGCCUACUUCCAUGCAGUACAUGCCCCCACCGCCGCAGCAGCACAUGCCCAUCAACAUCCCCUACUCCCCCGGCCCCCCCAGCAUGAUCUCCGGCCUGGACGACGGUCCGAAGGAGCGCCACGUCAUCACGCUUCCACCGAUUAGGGAACCAGGACGAGUCCCGCCCUCGGCGCCUAAGACCCGCCCCCCGAGCUCCAGCGAGAGCAGCCGAAGCGGCUUUGGGCGGCGGGACGAGCGAGGGGCGGCGGGGAGGCGUUACCCCUCCCCAGCCCGAUCCAGAGGUAUUCCCCGGAGCUACAGCGAGGAGUCUCUGGGCGGGAGGAGCCGGGGCAGGUCCCAGAUCAGCAUGGACCGCAACCGGUCCCACUCCAGGGACGACAUAUUUGACAGCAGGUCCAGAGGGAACUACUCCAGGGGGUCCUGGAGCUCCGACGAAGAUGACAGCGUGAGCAGGAGAGGAGGAAAAGGAGGAAGGAGAGGAGGAGGAGGAGGGUGGUCCGAAAAACCUCCCAGCUACACAGAGUACGAACCGGGCCAGAAACCAGGAAAACGCCUCACUGACAAGAGUUCUCGCAGCGGCACCAGCGUCGUCAUCUGAGCCCUCCGGCCGCGACCUUUGACCUCUGCUCUGCAAGCCUCACGGGAAACUAAAAGGUCACGGUUAAAGGCAGCGACUUCCUGUUACCUCUUGGAUGAAUAAAAAGACUUGGAAGGAUUCAUUUGUGCUGCACUCAAAGACUCAACAGUAACAUGAGUUGAUUUGUUUGUUUUAGUAAAAUAACCGUCCAGCAAAUCGUGUAUUUAAAACAAAUGGGGCGUGGAAAACGAAGCUCGCUAGAUCAGUGGUUCUCAAAGUUGAGCUUCGGGACCCAACGGUGGGUCGUGAAACACACAGAGGGGUCCUAAUAGUUAGAAUAAGUCAAAAUAAAAUUGAAAUGAUCACUACUGGUAAGAUUUUAUCAUAAUUCUGACAAAAUACAAAAACAAAGCAGUCUUGCAUUCCUAUUUGUGCCAUCAUUGUACCUUCUUUUUUUUAAUUGUUUGUCAGGAAUGUUCGUCUGCUCCAAAACAUCAUCAUCAAAUACUUGUGACCCUGAUCGUCAGUUAAAUUACACAAAUGUUGCAAAAAAAAAAGUAGCUAAAACUGCAACAAAUAUCAAUUCCACUCAUGUUAAACUAUUUAUGCCCACAUUUGUGAAUAUUUUUGUGACCCUUUUGGAAGAGUUGUAGUGAAAAGAUGCUUGUAGAUUUUUUUAUUUAUUUUUUACUUGUAUUUAAUUUCUGGUGAUCGUCUCAAGAACACUGAACUGGUGUGUUCAGUGUUGUGACCCACAGAAGUCCCGACCCCCGCUUUGAGAACCACUGUUCUGCCCACCGUAGAUGGGCUCACGGGUUUAUUUAUGGGUCAGGAGCAGCUGGAGAUGCUUACCUCUUAACGUCUGUAAAUAAAUGAGCAAAACCUUAAAAAUAAAAUUUCUCUCAGGGCC